UUGCGCAGCCGGCGCACUCGCUGGAAUCGCGGACAAGAGGGUUUCCAGUGAUGCGCUUCAUCAUAGGUAGGGAAGAGGGGACGAAAUGCUCACCGCCCCAUGGCUUGUCCCGCCGCGUUUUCAGGUUCAACUUUGUGCAUCUUCAGUGCACCCUCCCGUGGUACAGGGAGAUGGUGGCAGAGGUUGGAGUGGCGAAUAGCAAAGAGGGUGCUGUUAUUCAGAGGUUUCAUACCUUCGUGGUUGAGAUCGAUCGCCAGGGCGCGUCAGAGCAAGAGCGGCUGAGGUGGAGAUGGCGCGAUAACCUCGGCGACAACACCGCUGGCGUCGCCCAGGACUUGCUUUCCUUCUUGCAAACACACGUCCAGGCUGCCGCAGGGAGCACACCAACGACAGCAGCCCCGGCUUGUGAGAGAGCCAGUGGGGACCAGCAAGAUGUUGACUUGUACUCGGUGGAGGUACACGACCCUGCGAGAGGAGGGUGGACAUCGCUGUCAGUUUCAACGCCAUCUGAAACCAUUCCCAGAAACUGCAGGGUUCGCGUAAACGUCUUCGCAAAGCCCCAAGCGACCGCAACUCGCUGCCGACGAACAGCGACUAAAGACCCUUCUUCCAGCGACGGCAACAGCAGCAAGAACCUAUCGGCUUCGCUCGCUUCCGGGCAAGCGAGGAGAAAUCCACCCUUUGAUGGCACCGCUGUAACAGGAGCGUCCACCACAGUUGACGGGAUCCCGCUGCCGGAAGAUGAGUCAAGCCUCGACUCCGUUGCACCUGGGGAAAUGUUGGCACUUCCAUGGAGGCGAUUUGAUAAAGACUUGCGGGGCGAGGGUGAAGAGGGGUUGCAGAUCUGCGGGCGCCGAGUGGCGAUCAGGGACGUAUCCAACUCGAGCGAGGGCACUGGGCUGUUCACUUGGGAUGGCGCGGUGCUGCUGGCCAAGUACCUUGAACACCGAGCGGUGGCCAUGCGGCGCGACUUCCGCGAACAACAGCCCUGCCUUUCAACCCAACCGUCUUGCCUUCAUCCCGAGGGUGCCGGAGACGGAAGCAGCGUCACAGUCGUCGAUUCUGCCGACGUCAACAUCAACAACGGUAGCUGCAGCGGCUGCAGGAGCACCAACAGCAACAUCAGCUGCAGCAGCUGCAGCAGCAGCAGCAACAGCGCGAGGACGGCACCUAUUCGCGUCUUAGAGCUCGGCAGUGGCACCGGUCUUGCGGGCCUUGCCGCGGCGUUUGCGUUUGGGAGACGGCACAGCGGUACAACCGGAGACGACAACGGCGAAGUCAACCCCCCCCCCCCCCCCCCCCCCCCCCCCCCCCCCCCCCCCCCCCCCCCCCCCCCCCCCCCCCCCCCCCCCCCCCCCCCCCCCCCCCCCCCCCCCCCNCCCCCCCCCCCCCCCUUCCCCCUGUCGCCGGGGUAACCCUUUGGAAGGGGAAAACGACGAGGGCGUUGCCCAAUGUGCAUCGCCCCCUCCACAAGUUGCCGUUGUCCUGACGGACCUCGAGUACGCCCUGACCAAUGCGCGUGCGAAC